UUGAUUGCAGCACGCCGAGACAUCAGUGAUGGCAGGCACAACUGCUUUGCCACUUCAAGAAUUUAUCGCAUCAUUGGACAAUACCUGUCUGCCCAAAAUUCUACAAGUUUGCUCGGGUGUAUAUUUCCAAGGUUCUAUAUAUGAAAUUUCUGGGAGCGAAGUCUGCUUUUCUACUGGGGACCUGAUAAAGGUCAUCAACAUUGAGCUCGUGUCAGUUUGCUGCGAAGACAUCAGCAAACAUGAGAAAUUUGAGCUGCCUCUCAGCCACACAGGCUUGUUCAAGGUUGUUCCAGAAGAGAUGCCGUACAGCACAAUAGAGGAGAUGGUGAGGCUGAGGCCCGUUGAGCUAGAAUCCUGCCUUCCCUUCACUUUCACCAGCCGCUCCAAAAUGACCUUUGGCAACUUUACAUUGGGGGCUGGGAGGGCUUUGACUGUGAUCUGCAUCGAGAGGCGUGAGGGCGAAGAGGACCGUGCGCGCUGCCACGUUCAAGGACAACAAGAAGCCUCUGCUGAAGUGUGCAUCCCUCUUUCUUCCCGGGGGGAGUUUUACGAGUGUGAGAGCGAGGAGUGUUUCACUCUGGUGGAGAUCAUGUCCUCUCCCUGUCUGCGUAGUCGAAGGUUUCGCUUCAUCAACACCACCAAGUGUGAGCGACGACUGGUCCUCAGUCCGGUGUACCAAGUCCAUGCCAUCAUGAACUUGAGGAAGAACGUGUUGAAGUUCCCGUCCAGCUUGGAGGUGGAUGUGGUUGAUGUCACUGAGAUGUGUCAAGAUGUAAAUUUCGUGACCCCGAUUAGCCUGACAGAGGUCCUUUCUCAGCCAGACGAAUCAUUUCCUGUCGUGGCAGAGGUGCUAGAAGGCCCAGACACUCGUAAUCUGUUCAAGUGCAGCUGGCUGCCGGAAAUUAUCAAGAACCAGCGUCUGGUUUUGCACAAAAAAGGAACUUCCGCCAUGAUUCUGCUGUCCAGUUUGAAGAGCCGGAAAGUGCAGCAGUACUUCCUGGUGUCUCAGCAAUAUGGUGGGAGGUUUCGGAGACGGCCGAGAGAGUUCAAUUCGGUGUAUGAGCUGUAUGCUGCUUCGAUCCAGGCGCCAGGUCUGAAGGUCAGCGUGACAAGGAACUGUGAGGAUGUCGAGGAGGAGGGCCUGCCUGCCCUCAGUGUGGGGGACCAGCUGGAGAUUGUGCGAUGCGACAGACUGGAGCUGCCUUGCGGAAGCACGGGGGGACCAAAGCAGUCGGUCGAGGCUCUCAUGUGUCACCGUCUUCAAGAGCCUGAUGAUGAGGACGAUGAUGACGACGAUGAAGAUGACGAAGAGGAGGUCAAACGGGAAGAUGUCAAAGAAGAGAUUUUUCUGCCUCUCUACAUGCAGGGUCACUUUGUGGAAGUACUUAGCGAUAACAAGAAGUACAGACUCAGGGACUUGGGUAAGGAGUUUACUUUGCCACUGGAUGUUAAAGUGGUGAGCCGUGACACAGAACUGGAGACUGAUCCGCUAGUAGGCUUUGCAUGUCUCAGAAUCGAAGGGGCUAUGUUGGAGCCCACCAUCCAGGCGAGCUUUACACACAAGCCGGACUGCUGUUUCGAGAUCCCAACCAAGUGGGUCUCUAUGUCCGUCUCGUUCACCGAGGAGUCCCCGCCGUGGCCCGAGGGUGAAUCCCCCAAGUGCCACGUGGAGAGGGUUACUGAGGUGACAGACACGUUCUUUUAUGAGUUUUGCAAACAGGAUAACUUGCAUGUGGCUCCUCCGCCUCGACCACCGAAGCGAAAUAUGUCAAUUUCAAAACCGUCCAAAAAGGCGCAAUCGAAAUCCUCAAAGAAAUCAGAAAAGGCAGAAAAGUCCAAACACCAACCAGGGAAAAGCGUGCCAACCAAACAAUUCAGUGAUUUGACUUUGAAUAGCAAAAGACGGCCCCCAGCUCCACCGCCUCCAGAUUGCUCAGAUGACAAACCUCCACCCAUCGCACCCCGAAAGCACUCAGGGACUGAAACGCCACAGUGCAAGGCUCUGCCCAACACUUACGUAAAAAUCGAGGAGUCCAAGAUAAACGUGGCCCUGAGCAGCGACCUGACAGAUGAGGACAGCGACCAUGACUAUGAAACUGUGGACGACACUUUGGCAGUCAUGGUGAAGAAAGCACAAGAGGAUGUCAUGUUCUACUAAAAAAAAAUAUCAUCUUCUUCUGCAAUCGUGAGGUCAGAAAUGAAUCAAAGUGCGGUGCCUGGUGAUGAAAUUUCAAAUGCUGUGUUGAAACUCAUAUGAUGUCAUGCUCACUAUAGAUGUAUUCACCCCUUUAGGUGAAUAUUAAAUUAUCCAGCUGCCUAUUCCUUAUGGUAUACUCGCACAUUGGCGUGCCAUUAUUUUGUUCCGUAAUAGGACAUGUCUGGCCCGCAGAUAUCUGAUGAUUAGACAGUAUUUUUAAUUCUCCUUUUUUUUGUCAUGUCGUCAGCAAAAUUUCUUCCUGCUCAUCAUUUCUUUCUUCCACCCAAGAUGCUUUACCUUUUUUUAAGGUUCUCAGUGGCUGCAUCUACCCAUAUUCUACCACACACAAACUCUGACAGAACGAAUACUACCUUUUUAACUCUUAACUAGCCAUUUGGUAAUUUGCCAGCAGUGAUUGUAGUUUUUCCUUCAUAUUUAUAUUGUGCAAUACUGUGCUGUGAAUUACUAUAUAUGAAGAGCUAAUUUGAAAAAACAGGUAACUCCAUUUUUGUAGAUUUUCAGAAAACUUUUGUUGUUGUUAGGUUAUGUCAAUCAAACUGAAGUUGAGUGG